GAUUUAAUCGGACUUAUGACCUGCAUACAACGCGAAACAGGCAAUACAAAUGCGCGUUACGUUUUUAUCCAGGACAAGAAUGCUCCCAAGUUUGACUUAUCCGAGAAGUUUUACGCAAAACAGUUAAACAAAGGAUUGACUGCCAAUGUGCUGAAAGGAGGACAAUGGGGCAGUUAUCGACACGUACCUUUGGAUGUAUCCUGUUUACAGGUGCAUCAUGUAUAUGCCAAUACGUUGAAAAUAGGUGACCCCAGCAGCUUGAAAUGGAUUAAAAGCCCAUUAAGUUUCUACCGCAAUUUUCUUAAUAAGAAACUUUGUUACGUAUACUAUGCUCCAAUAAACGUCAGAUAA